AUGCCCCGCGUUCUCAACUGCUUUCACACGUUUUGCCAACCGUGUAUUGAGAAGCAGCAGGAUAAUCCAGAAAAGGUCAUCUGUCCCGAAUGCAACCACGAGACCUACUUGGGCUCGCUGGGAGCGUCGGGUUUGAUGCAGGACUACGCCGUCAGUAACAUCCUGGAGACGUCAGCCAUCGACGCCAACGGCCUACACUGCACUGGUUGCAAAAGCAAAGACACAACAGCCGUUGCCAAGUGCUACGACUGUGCUAAUUUUCUCUGCGCUAACUGUGUCAUGGCGCACCAGUUCAUGCAUUGCUUUGAAGGACACCGCGUCCUGACCUUUACAGAGGUACAAGGCGGGAAAGACGAACUGCAAAGCGAGAAACCAGUCGCUUGCCCCCGCCACAGACACGAGGUGAUAAAGUUCUUCUGCAAGACGUGCUCGGCCCCGAUCUGCAAAGAAUGCACAUUAUUCGAACACGGCCGAGGACACGAGUGCCACUUUAUUUUGGACGUUAGCGACAAGCAGGUUGACAUCCUCCGCCGUCUCUCUGACGAUGCCAAGGCAAAGGCGUCCGACCUUCGUCAAGUAGCAAAGGGCAUAGAACAUAUCAACAACAGUUCUAAUCUAUCUAUCUAUCUAUCUAUCUAUCUAUCUAUCUAUCUAUCUAUCUAG